CCACCUCCUUUCUCCUCCGGCCACCACCACUUCGGCCGGUCGGUCUCUUUUCUCCGACCCUUUUCUGCCGGAAUCUUCCCAUCUCUCUAGUCCACUACCGGGCCUUUUCUUCCUUCCUACCUUCCCCUCUUUCUGCUACUCCUGGUGUAUCAUCCUUACACGUUCGCUUUCUUCUCUCAGCACAUACCUCAAAACUAAUUGAUGUACAAGAAGUAAUUUUUCUGUCGUAAUCUUGGGCUGAUCUAGAUUGUUACUUGCCAAAUUCAGGAUCAGGGUGUCGUUCAAUUCAGGUGAUUAGCCAGUAAUUGCACAUUCAUUUGGAGAAUUUUGAGGAGGAUGGAUUGAUUUUCUUACUGGCUUUAACACCAGAGGCUAAUGAAGUUUAGUGUCCGGUUAGCUCUUGGAAAUUGAACAGACAGUACAUAUUGAUUGAUCAGGUGUUUUGUUUAGAACCCUCUGCACUGGAAUAUUUACCUUUACCAAAACCCUGACCAGUUUUUUUUCCCUGGGAAAAGAGAACAAAAGAAAAAGUGAGGUAUCCGGUGACCCAGACCCUUAAUGGAUGUACUGUUCAAUUCAAUAGAUAUCCGAGAUCUUCUCUCAACACCAGACCUAGAUGACCCCUCAACCCCACUAUCCACACCUGAUCUUCAUCUCCUCAUUGACCGCCUGCAAGUCCGCUCUCUCCACAUUAAAUCAAAAGUCCAUGACUACCUCCGAUCUCACCAACUGGACUUCUCUUCCCUCUUCUCUCAAUGCUCUGACGUUGUUACCAGGACUGAACAGCUCUCAAGUGAAUUGUUUAAUAUACUUAAUCUAAUCUCAGACCACCCUGUUGACACCAAAAUCAAGUCGGUUAUUGAAGAAAUGGUUGCAAAGAGGAAAGAGGUAAGGGAGAAGAGGGAAGUGUUGGAGUUGUUGGGGCUAAUUUUGGAAUUGUGCGAGAAAUUGAGACUUGUGAAGGAGGAUAUCAGAAUUGGUAGAGUUGAAGAGGCUGCAGUGGCCCUCAGAGAACUGAAGACAGCUUUACAUGUGCAUAAUGAUGAAGCAGCUGCAGCACAAGAUGAAGAAAGUCAACUGUUGGCAUAUGGACUGUUAAGGAAAGAAUGGGCUGACUGUUUUGACAAGUUACAUGAAGCCCUAAUGAGGUUUGUGGAGAGUGCUGUGAGAUUUGACCAGGAUAGCAGUUCAUUUCGUGUAAAGUAUUGGUUGGGCAUGGAUGGAGCUGAAAAGAUUGAGCUUCAUACAGUCUUGAAAGCCAUGGAUGCAGUUGGCAUUUUGGAUUAUGGGCUAGCAAGAGUAGCCGACUUAAUGAUCAAACAUAUCAUUGCUCGAGCAGUUAGUUGUAGAUCAUCUGUUUCAGUUGUGGAGGAAAUUAGUGAAGACCAGGGGCCAACCUCCGAGGCAGUUCUUACUAUUGUUUCAUGUACAAAUGACAUGAGUAACAGUUUAGAUGGUGAAACAGUCUAUUCUGCACUAGUUCAGAUUGUUAUGUUUAUAAACAAAUCGUUUUGCUUCCAAAAUGGACUCUGGAUGCGCCGUUUUGGAAGAUUGACGUGGCCAAGGAUGUCAGAUAUGAUCAUUUCGAAGUUUCUUGCCAAGUUUGUCCCGGAUGAUGCUUCCAAACUUGACAACUUUCAGAAAAUUGUGAAGCUUUCCUCAGAGUUUGAGACAGAUUUAAAGGAGUUGAUGUUCAUUUCGACCUCUGAUAACAAGGAUGAAAGACUAACUGAAUUUGCCAACAAUGUUGAGGUUCACUUUGCUUCAAGGAAGAAGGUUGAGAUUUUAGCCAAAGCUCGAUAUAUGCUUCUACAAGCUGCCUUCACUAUUCCUCAAGACCAUACAAGGAUAAGUAGUGAACCGGAAAAUGAAGAAAUUGCUGAAAAUUUCUCCAAUCGUGUUGUCACUUUGCUUUUUACAUCUGAAAGGUGUGUUGUUUCUGAAGCAGCUUUAAAUUUGAUGGAGCUGGUGCAUAAAACCCUUAAGGAUGUCUGCUUGUCAUCUCCAAGAGUUGGAUUAGAAUUCUAUUAUGCUGCUAGAGAUGCUUGUCUCCUUUAUGAAGCUGUCGUACCUGUCAAGCUAGAAAAGCAGCUUGCUACCAUUAACCAGGCAGCUGUUCUCAUGCACAAUGACUGUCUAUAUUUGGCUCAGGAGAUCCUUGGUCUUGCCUUUGAGUAUCGUCCAGACUUUCCAAAUCCUAUCAAGGAAAUGGCUGUCUUUGCUGAUUUGGCUCCACGAUUCCAGCUGAUAGCAGAAGAAAUAUUGCAGAGACAAAUUCAAGUUGUUAUUUUCAACUUAGAGCAGGCUAUUGAUGGUGCUGGUGGGUUUCAAAACACCCACCUAACAAAGCAAUACGAGUCUGCUAAAUUUAGCAUUGACCAGGUUGCAUUUAUACUUGAGAAAGUACACAUCAUAUGGGAGCCUCUGUUAAUGCCUUCAAUCUACAAAAGGAGUAUGUGCAUGGUUCUGGAGGUAGUUUUCUCAAGAAUUACAAAAGACAUUCUUCUUUUAGAUGACAUGGCGGCAGAAGAAACUUUACAGCUUCAAAGACUGGUUCAUUUGCUUUUUGAGAACCUGUCAUCUAUAUUAGCAUCACUAUUGGACAUCAAGCAGACAAGGAGUUCAGAACAAAGCCAAGUAGUCUCAGUUAAUGAUCUUAUUCCAUCCCUUCAAAAGUUACACAAAUUGGAAGAUCUUCUGGACAUGCCUUUGAAGUCCAUUACUGCAGCCUGGGAGAGUGGUGAACUAGUCAGUUGUGGAUUUACAAUGACAGAGGUGGAAGACUUCAUCAGGGCCAUUUUCACUGAUUCACCUCUCAGGAAAGAGUGCUUGUUUAGAAUGGAAAGUUCCGGCUUCUGGAAAUGAUUGUAGAACGUAACCCUUUUUGUCGUUGCAGUUAUCCAAUUUUUUUCCUAUUGAACCAAUAAAUUGUAGAUGCAGUUUCAACUCAUAGUGACCUCAGAGGUUACCUUUUUCCAUUUUUUUGCUAUGAACAGUUACUCUACCUUUAUAAGUAAAAUUUCCAUGAAGAGUAACUUAUUCUCCUGCUUUA